AAGCGGGGCCGGGCGGGGCCGGCACGGCCAUGGAGCUCAGCGAGAUGCUCUACAACAAGUCCGAGUACAUCGAGACGGCCUCCGGCAACAAGGUGAGCCGGCAGUCCGUGCUGUGCGGCAGCCAGAACAUCGUCCUCAACGGCAAGACAAUCGUUAUGAAUGACUGCAUCAUCCGCGGGGACCUGGCCAACGUGCGGGUGGGACGGCACUGCGUGGUCAAGAGCCGCAGCGUCAUCAGGCCACCCUUCAAGAAGUUCAGCAAAGGGGUGGCUUUCUUCCCUCUCCACAUUGGUGACCAUGUGUUCAUAGAAGAGGACUGUGUUGUCAACGCGGCUCAGAUCGGCUCCUACGUGCACAUAGGCAAGAACUGUGUCAUUGGUCGUAGAUGUGUUUUGAAAGACUGCUGCAAAAUCUUGGACAACACAGUACUCCCUCCUGAAACUGUAGUCCCACCUUUCACUGUCUUCUCAGGCUGCCCGGGACUCUUCUCAGGGGAGCUCCCGGAAUGCACCCAGGAACUCAUGAUUGAUGUUACCAAGAGCUAUUACCAGAAGUUCUUGCCACUCACUCAGACCUUAAAGAGCCAAAGGCCUUUGGAAAGAAGUUUGCCAUGUCACUCACAGAAUUCAGUGCAGCAGAAAGUGGGUAAUUAAAAGCAGUGGAUGAGAGACUGCUGCAGCUGUCCCCAUUUAUUACCCAGUGUCUAUAUUUGCAGAGAGCUCUUUGGUGCUUUUCUGCAUUAUAAAGCUUAGGAAUGAGACUCAGACUUCUUGAAAAGAGCGAACACUUCAUUUUGGACAUGUAGUAAGAGCAAGAAUAGUUCUUUCUGGGAGCAGCUCUGAAAGUUAGAGGCAUCUGAUGCUUUUGUAUCUGCCAGAGUACAGACAACUGGCUGCACAUGAGUCUGCCUGCUCUGGUUGUGCUCUACUAAAGCUUAGGAUCAUACUGCUCUAGGUUUUAAACUGGGGGUCCUGCAUGUUGUAGUGUAGCAGCUGGGGCCAGGACAUUAGUUUAGGUGCGUUGUAGGUGUGUGGUUGUGGAUGAGCAGCCCUGGAGCCCUCAGCUGAUCUGUGCAAUGCAAAUGCUGAUACACCUUCAUAGCAAACAGUUGUACAAGUACUAAUGUGUGUAGUAGCUGCUGUUCAUCACAUGUAAAACCACUGACUGGUUUGUUUGUGUUUUUACUGUACAUAAAUUAAAGCCUCUCCAGUUAUUCAAGUGA